GUGCAUUUUGUCUCUAUAAACAGCGCCCUCAAGUGGCAGACACUAAACCAGUCUUUUUGAUCCAACAUGUCGAAGAGAGGACGUGGAGGUUCGGCUGGUUCCAAGUUCCGUAUCUCCCUGGGUCUCCCAGUGGGAGCGGUCAUCAACUGCGCUGACAACACAGGUGGUAAGAACCUGUUUGUGAUUGCCGUCAAGGGAGUGAAGGGACGUCUGAACAGGCUACCGGCAGCUGGAUGCGGUGACCUGUUUGUCUCGACCGUCAAGAAGGGAAAGCCAGAACUCCGCAAGAAGGUCAUUCCGGCCGUGGUCAUCAGGCAGAGAAAACCGUUCAGGAGACGCGAUGGAGUGGUGUUGUACUUUGAAGACAACGCGGGGGUCAUCGUCAACGUCAAAGGAGAAAUGAAAGGCUCUGCCAUCACCGGACCAGUAGCCAAGGAAUGCGCUGACCUGUGGCCCCGAAUUGCCAGCAACGCCGGAAGCAUAGCCUGAUGACUGGACCCACGAAGACAAAAAUGUUUAUAGUCCAAUAAUACGCUGGCAGUGAGAUGUAGUAAAAUAAAACCAGAUUUCUUUAAAAAGCUUACUGGAAA